CACAUUCGAUCCCCACUCCACCCGAUCGAUCCCAUCGUCCCUCCUCAUGCCGCCAGGAAGAAACAGAGAGGAGAAAGAGACCCUGCUCCCGAUCCCGCUCACAUGCAUCCUCCUUGCCUUGUUCCGACCACCUCUGCCACCCUGUCGUUGUUCUGGUCGGUGAGCUCCUCACCUCUGACCCCCUCGCAUCGCCGCCUCCUCCUUCGACCUGCACGGCCGCCGGCCCCACCCCUGUCGCACACCCCAUGUCGCCGGCGGCGCCCGCACCCCGCGCCUCCCAUGGUGCACCAGGCCGUGGCCGGCGCGCGUGGGCGCUCGCCCGCAGCUCGCCACUACUCCUUCGCGUGCCCCUCCGAUGCUGGUCGCCCCUGCCUGACUGUCUUGUCACCAACGGCCCUCGCCUCGUCGGCCACCUCUCCGACCCGCCAAGGCCUCCCCCGAGCUCGCGGACCUUCCCUGCUGCUCGAUACAUUGGAGCCCAGAAGCGAGACGCCAUCGUCGACGACGACUCCUACUACACUGGAGGUGCCUACUACUAUGUGCAGGCCGCUGACGACGACCAGGAGUAGUUUAGGAGGAUCCCAGGCAAGAGGCAUGCGCCUCUUUCGAUCUGUAU